GCACGGCGGCGACAGGACUUCUUGAAUCGGCAGCAGGGACGGGUCUCCCUCCGCUAUUCUGUCUCAAUGCGAAGAAAACACACUGACAGAAAGUAGAAACACUUCAGCGAAUUCCCACACGAAAGUCUCUUUGGAAACUCCGAUGGAUUAAUCUGAUUUUUCUGCGAGAGUAGAGAAUGGGCUGUGUCCAAUGUAAGGAUAAAGAAGCAGCAAAACUCACUGAUGACCGGGAAACCAGCCUCUCGCACAACUCGGGGUACCGCUAUGGAUCCGACCCUACGCCGCAGCACUACCCUAGCUUCGGGGUCACCACCAUCCCCAACUACAACAACUUCCACAGCGCCGCCACACAGGGGGUGACCGUGUUCGGAGGAGUCCACACAUCCUCGCAGUCUGGGACGCUCAGGUCCCGGGGGGGAACAGGGGUGACUCUGUUUGUGGCUCUUUAUGACUACGAAGCCAGGACCGAGGAUGACCUCAGCUUCAGAAAGGGGGAGAGGUUCCAGAUCCUCAACAGCACCGAGGGAGACUGGUGGGAGGCUCGUUCCCUCACUACAGGUGGAACUGGUUACAUUCCCAGCAAUUACGUAGCUCCGGUGGACUCGAUCCAAGCUGAGGACUGGUAUUUUGGUAAAUUAGGUCGAAAGGAUGCAGAGAGGCAACUGCUCUCCAACGGCAACGCCAGAGGCACUUUCCUCAUCCGGGAGAGUGAAACAACCAAAGGAGCCUACUCCCUGUCCAUCCAGGACUGGGAUGACAUCAAGGGAGACCAUGUCAAACACUAUAAGAUUCGCAAGCUGGACAGUGGUGGCUACUACAUCACCACCAGGGCCCAGUUUGAAACGCUGCAGCAGCUAGUGCAGCACUACUCUGCCAGGGCUGCAGGGUUGUGCUGCCGCCUGAUCGUGCCGUGCCACAAAGGCAUGCCUCGUUUGACCGACCUGUCAGUCAAAACCAAAGACGUGUGGGAGAUCCCGCGAGAGUCGCUGCAGCUCAUCAAACGUCUCGGAAAUGGCCAGUUUGGAGAAGUCUGGAUGGGCACAUGGAACGGCACCACCAAGGUGGCAGUGAAGACUCUGAAGCCCGGCACCAUGUCGCCUGAGUCCUUCCUGGAGGAGGCUCAGAUCAUGAAGAAGCUCCGACACGACAAACUGGUGCAGCUCUACGCUGUUGUGUCCGAAGAACCCAUCUAUAUCGUCACUGAGUACAUGAGCAAAGGGAGUUUGCUUGAUUUCCUUAAGGACGGAGAAGGACGAGGCCUCAAGCUGCCAAAUCUAGUGGACAUGGCAGCUCAGGUGGCAGCAGGCAUGGCGUAUAUUGAGAGGAUGAACUACAUCCACAGAGACCUACGCUCUGCCAACAUCCUAGUCGGAGACAGUCUGGUGUGUAAGAUUGCUGACUUUGGUCUGGCCAGGCUCAUCGAGGACAAUGAAUACACAGCAAGACAAGGUGCAAAGUUUCCCAUAAAGUGGACUGCUCCUGAGGCUGCGCUUUACGGGAAAUUCACCAUCAAGUCAGACGUGUGGUCAUUUGGCAUCCUGCUGACAGAGCUGGUGACCAAGGGCAGAGUGCCCUAUCCAGGCAUGAACAACCGCGAGGUGCUGGAGCAGGUGGAGCGAGGCUACCGGAUGCCAUGCCCGCAGGACUGCCCCACGUCCCUGCACGAGCUGAUGGUGCAGUGCUGGAAGAAAGACCCGGAGGAGAGGCCCACCUUUGAGUACCUGCAGGCCUUUUUGGAGGACUACUUCACUGCCACUGAGCCCCAGUACCAGCCAGGGGAUAAUCUCUGAGCACCGCCGCCCUCAUCUCAUGUCAUUUCCCUGGCCUUCCACCAGAGGGAGCCAGACUCCACAUAUUCUCUCUCUCAUCCUGUGGCUCCAUGGACUGACUUCUUGACUUCCAAGUAUCUCACUCACACACACACACACACACACACACACACACACACACACACACACACACACACACACACACACACACACACACACACAAGGACGGAUGGCUGCUCUGUCAGCAAACUGACUAUCAAUUCAGUGGAUGUUUUUGAGGUGGGAGGGGGCGUUUGAGAUGAUUGAAGAGUUAAAAUGACUGCCAUGGUGAGUUGUGUAACUUGUAUGUAGUGUAAAUAUAAAUUGCUUGUUUACUUAUCUCUUUUUUUUUUCUUUUUUUUUUCAUUUUAUAUUACUUUUGAUAUUUUGGAAAUGUGUGGAUUUUUUUUUAAUCCGAGGUUAAAGUUAUUUCAGAUUUAUGGCUCGUAGAGAAACGUGUGAGGCUCACAGUUGGUAACAAAUCGUGACAUAACAAUUGUAGGUAUGGUAAUAGUUAGACAUCGUGGACCGAGAUAUCUCAGAAAUUUCUCUGGGAGUCCACCAACCUUUUUUACGAGGUUAAUAAGGUGAUACUGCUCUCCUCUUCUCAAGGAACUUAGAUGUACUAUAAUACCUGUUCUUGCCUUUUCAUGUUUAGUAAUAUUAGUAAUAUUCUUAUAAUGUAAGGGAAUGCCUUCAUGCUUUCUACACACUAACUUAGUGCAUCAUGGAAUCUUCCACCCAAACUUGUAUGGCAUCUGUACUGAUAAGUGCAUUCAUCGCAUUUCAGCUUCAGCCAAUGAUUUAUAGAUCAACUUAAAGUAACUUUUAGUUCAGCUAAUCUAUCCCCCCCCCCCCCCCCCCCCCCCCCCACACUGCAAUCAUUGUUCAGCUGACUGCUUAUUAUACUGAUGAUAUUUUAAAAUGUAUGUUGCAUAAUUGUAUGGCAGCAGGCUGUGUAAGAAUUCUGCAUUGUCUUUUCGCUUCAGCGGCCAAACAAACAAACAAACAAACAAACAAACUGCCACUUACAUGACGGGAAUGAAGGAUGCGUUGCGUACCUGUGUUUGUCCCUCCAUAAUGUGUUCCUGGAAAUAACAUGUUGUUUACGAGACCAAACAUGUUUAUUUCGUUGUAUUAUUUUGCUCAGCAUUUCGGCCAGUCUUACAUGUAUUUCUAAGGUUACAUGAUUAUGUGAUUUUUUUUUUUUUUUUUUUUUUUUUUUUUUUUUUUUUCUUAUGCCAGAGAAAUCAACUCUGGAUGACGUUUUAUCAUCCUCAACCAUCGAACUUCUCUCCCUGGGUGAGAAGGAGCAUUCCAGGACGAUACACCAUUUCUGUGUGUAUUUAUGUUGCUUUUCAAGUGAGCGAAAACUAGAUUUUGUGUCACUUUAUUUACCCUUAUUCAGUAGAUAUACAGAAAAUGUUUUUUGGUCUCUGCAUUAUUUAUUGUCCCUGUCUGUUACUUGUACACAACUGGUUUUGAAAUAAACAAUCUUGCCAUCA